GUACUGUCGCUUUAAAGAGAAACCACGUGACCAGGAAACGAAAGCAGGAAGUGGGUUCCACUUCGAAGCAAAUCGCGCAGCACAUAAACAAUACAACAAAGCAACCGAAAUUUGGCACGUCAGACGAUAAUGGCCGGAAUUAAAGCGUUGGUGGGACUGUCCUUCAGUGGGGCCAUCGGUCUGACGUUUCUGCUGCUGGGAUGUGGACUGGAACAGUACGGGGUUUACUGGCCACUGUUCGUCCUUAUAUUUUACGUCUUGAGCCCGAUCCCAACCUUCAUAUCCAGACGUGUCAGUGAUGACUCUGACGCAUCCAGCAAUGCCUGCAGAGAACUGGCUUAUUUCCUCACAACUGGCAUUGUGGUUUCAUCUUUCGGGCUGCCAAUUGUCUUGGCUCGUACUGCCACAAUCCAGUGGGGAGCGUGUGGUCUCGUGAUGACAGGGAACGCCGUCAUCUUCCUCACCAUCCUGGGCUUUUUUAUUGUGUUCGGUGGUGGCGAUGACUUCAGCUGGGAGCAGUGGUAGAGAGGACCAGGAUUGGACGGAGAGAAAAUAAAUAUUGCGUGGACGAUGGGGUGGGGAGCUCAUUUACUGUUUUGAGGUAAUGUACCCAAAGCAACGUGCCUUAUGGGACCAGACACGUGAUGCCAAUUCGCUAUAUACUGUUUUAUCAUGCGCGGCAUCGGCUUUUUUUCUGGUGGCUCACGUCCCCAGUUUCUCAUUUCAUUUAGCACAUUUAACCAACAGUUAAAGGGAUCCUGAAGAAUGUAAACCGUGCUGCAAUUCUCUUCGUCCUCAUCUGCUUUAAGAACAACUUGCUCGGUAUGGGCAGCUACCUGGGCUGUGUCUGUACGAGAAUGUUGUGCAUUUCUAAAGAUGUUGUUUCUUGGUGCGAUUGUUCACGUCUUCACCAAAGAUCAUGUUUAACAGCAGAAAUGUUUUACCACUUCACACAGAGCUUUGAUAUUUAAUGUUCACUUUGCUUUCAUAACUGACAGUUGCGGCUAUAUUUUUGUCACACUUUUGUAUUUAAAGUGAGUGCAGGUUCUAUGCCUGGUGCCCUAGAAGUGCCUCCAUCUCACACCGACAAUACCGGGCCCUGCUGGGUCGCCACAUGAUAUACAAUCAGUAUGUCAGUGAUGUAGGACACACUGCUUUAAACAAAUGCCCAUGUUAAACUCUAACAAGUUCUCUAAGGUUUGUAUGAUAUAAGCUCCAGACUGCAUUUUUUUGUUUUCUAAAGAUUAAAAGUAUCUGU